AUGUCCAAUGUGCGUAUCAACCUCUACAAAAUGCAAGCUUUCUCACUAUCUGGUAGUCCUCUCCCCGAUUGGUCUUCCACCCUCCGUAGUCAUAACAUUACUGAUUGGCAUGACCGCACCUCGCCUGCACCUCUCCAUUACCUUGGCUUCCGAUUGAGGACAGCUGCAAUCUUUACUCAUCUCGCUCUCUCCUUUUGGAUCAGGUCCAUCAUGAGUAGCUUCCUUCAACGUAGCACCUUCCCCCGAUUUCUUUGGAUACUUUCUGUCUCCCAUGCGUGCAAGGCGGACUUGGUAUCAUCGAUCCUAAGACGCAGUAGAGCACUCUACAACUUUGUUGGCUUCAACCUAUCGUCUGCACUUUUUGGUUCGCACCUGGUUUGGUCCCGCGCUGGAUUCUUUGCUGUCAUUGACCAUCUGCUGCACAACUUUGAUAAUGUUGUGGUAAAUUCGACUACUUGCCUUGCUUUACCUCUCUCAGCGGUCACCAUUGUCCCUGCUUCCCAAGCACGCUUCCCCCCAUCUUGGCAAGAUCUUUUGGUUUCCCACCUCUACACCUUUGACCCUGCCCUGGCGUCACUACAGUCCAUCUCCAUCACCAGCAGCCAUCAACACUCUCAUGUUAUUAAUAAGUUCUUUGGCCGAGUUCAACUCAACAUUCUCACAUUACAUUCGAUAAUUGUUUGUGCUUGUUGCUCUCCUUGUGAACUGACUGAACAAUAUCCAUCUCUGCUCGUUCAAGAUGGCACAUCCAUUGACUUGUUCCCUUUCUUUAAUGCACUCAUACCUUCUCAGACUUGGGCACGCCUUUCCACACGCACUUUCUGCGGGCUGUGCUCCCACCAUCUCGUCCGUGCCCGCUAUUUCGAUCCCCCUUGUGGCUCUCGUCAUUGGCAGAAAUUUUGGUCUUUCCCCCUUCUCCUGGUGGCUCGUAACAUUUGGUUUUGUGGCCUACAUGACAAGAUUUCUUGCCGAACCCAUCUUCACUCUUUGCUUCCUCUCGCCUUUCCCUCUCCUACCUGCUCUAUUUACUCUCUCUCCUCCGACUCCCAAGGCCACUUCUUCUUCACUUGUCCUCUCAAAAACGCGGUGUGGAUCGGCAUGUGGCUGGAAUUCUUUGGCACAAUACCUACUCCAACCGCACUACACAACGCUUUUCACUUCUUUUCUUUUCCCUCUUCCUUAAACUCGUUUAUUCCCCUUUCUACCGUCUUUGGAUGCACCCUCCUUGCGAUAUGGCGUCACCACUGA